UAUAAAAGUGACUGAGGUAAAAGGAAAUGACUAAUUCCAAUCCAGUAAUUCAAAGUGAUCGGACAUCAAGAUGAAGAGAAUAAUUAAAGCUUUCUUUCUCCUAGCAAUCGUUACCAUAAUUAUUGCACAGAUAAAUACUGAACUUUGUGGAGAGAAUCAAGUUUGGUCAAAUUGUACAACUGGCUGCCCUGCGCGAUGCAUUCCUGACGAUCGAGUGUGCCCUGCAGUUUGUGGACCACCAGGUUGCGUCUGUGCUGGUGGCUCCAAACUGGACGAAAAUGGCAACUGUGUUUAUUGUUAAAUACGUUAGACUGUUUUUGAGCGCUAUUGUAUUUUAUAAUUGUGACCAAUGCAAAUUUAACCAUACAAAGUGCAAUCUGGGUUAAUUGAAAUGACGGAACCGGAAAUGCUGUGGAAAA